AGCACGGCUGCGGGCCUGUCACACACAGCAUAGCGAGGGGGCGUGGCCUCGCCCCCCCUAGCGUGAGCGACGCGUGGGCGGAGCUUCCUGCGCGAGGGCGGGCGCGCGGCAGGUUUAGAGGCGAAGGCGGCGAUGGCCUGUUCGAACCCUUGGGACCCGGCGCAGCCCACGGCCGCGGGGCUGGUGCUGGCCAAGUGCCUGGUGGCGGGUGUGGUGACCCAGGAGGUGCUGGAUUUAUCUGCUAAACAAGCCCCUUGCUUUGUGCACCUCACCGAGGUGGAGAAAAUUGCAGACAUCCGAGCUGAAAUAAACCAGAAGAGCCUGGAAACCGAAAUCCUGGGACUGGAAAAGGAAACUGCAGAUAUUGCUCACCCAUACUUCCUGACUCAGAAAUGCCAAGCUCUGCAAAUUAUGAAUAAGCACUUGGAAGCAGUGCUGAAAGAGAAGAGGACUCUCCGGCAGAGGUUAAUGAAGCCCUUGUGUCAAGAGAAUUUGCCUAUUGAAGCCAUAUUCCACAGGUAUGUAGCAGAGUUAUUGACAUUAGCAGUGGCCUUCAUUGAGAAACUGGAAAGCCACUUGCAGACCAUAAAGAGCAUCCCUCAGAUACCCCUGACCAUGAAAAACAUGGACAAUGCUCUGGCAAAAAUUAACUUGCUUGUGACAGAGACUGAAGAGCUGGCAGAGCAGAUACUGACAUGGAGAGAACUGCAAAAAGGAAUCCAUUAUGACAACUCCAAGAUCACUAACGAAUCAGAUUCUAGCUUCAGAAUUUAGUUCCACCAUAAAACAUCUUAUUUGUGCCGAAGGAAAGAUGACCAGUUGAAAGUUCUGUUUUUUACCAGUCCUGUGUGAUAGUGGCAGUAAUGUGUAUAGUCUAACUAGAGACUUUAUGGUCAGAUAUCUCCCCUGUUCUAGAAGGGAUAUUUUAGUUGGCAACAAGUGACCAUUAAAAUUGGACAAUGAUCUGUAAAUGACAGAACUUUUUAGGUGUAAUUCCUCUUUGGAGUGUCCUGAUAUGUUCACACAUACCUCCUUGAAGCAAUCAGAGGGAGCUGUCAUACAUACAUUUAAAGUUGGAAUGCAAAAGGUCUGUUUCAGUAUGGCUGGCUAAAGCACAUGAUGUAAAGACUAAGCUUGUUUCUGCAAGUAUUUUGAGAUCCUAUACUAGAUUUUCUUUGUAAGUAUAGGAAUUUUAAAAAAUAUAUAGUAGACUAUAAAAUGGGAGACUUAA